AGGCUGCGAAGGGGCACCGGCCUGGGGCCGUCCCCGCCCGCGGCCUGGCCCGCCCCGCUGCUUGGGGGCGGGGCCAUGGCGGGGGAUUACUCCGGCGAGCCGCUGGUCUGGGAGUCGUGCCUCUGGGGCUUCCUGAGCGCCACCUCGCUGAUGAUCGGCGCGACGAUAGGCGUGACGUGCCUCCCGCGGAAGCAGGUGCGCGCGGUGCUCAUGUCCUUCGGCGGGGGCGCCCUGCUCUUCUCGGAGCUCUUCGGGCACGCGCUGCACCGGAGCGAGGAGAGCGGUGAGAGCCUGCCGGUCUGGAUGAUGAUGUUCGCGUCCUCGGUGACGGGCGGCCUGCUCUUCGCCGGCCUGAACAAGGUGCUCAACGAGCACGGCGCCGCCGUCCGCAAGGCCUCCACGUGGAGGAGCCGCUUCCUGAGCCUGCGCUCCCUCGUGGCGCGGAGGCUGGCCAAGCGCCUGCUGCAGGUGCAGAUGUUCGCGGAGAGCUGGACGUCCGAGAGGUCGUGGAGCUCAUCCAGACCGCGAUGUCCAAGGAGCACUACAAUGCGGGCGACGUCAUCAUCUCCCACGAGACCAGCAACAGCGGGCUCUUCUUCGUCAUCAGCGGCGUCGUCAGGCUGCAGCUCUCCGAGAGCCAGGACGUCGGGCUGGGCCCGAAGAAGCCCGUGCCCAAGCGACAGGGGACGCUCCUCGGCUGGGCGCUGGCGGAGUGCCCCUCCCCCAAGCUGCCAGACUUCAGGCGGUCCAGGUCGGCAUCGCCACGCUACGGCUCACCCAGCAAGGAGGGCCGAGGCGUCGAGAGGGAGUGCCGCUCCCCCGAGUUCCCAGACAGCUGCAGGCGCUCCAGGUCGACGUCGCCUCGCCACGGCCCGUCCCUCAAGGACAGCCGAGGCGGCGAGGGAGACCGAGAAAACACGCCCACGUGGGACCUCGGCCCGGACAAGGUGUUCGGGGACAUGGCGCUACUCAACGGCAUGCACUGCGGCAUGGUGGCAGUGGCACUGCAGAGCACCAAGGUGCUGCGGAUCCCGGGGCACGAGGUGAUGCGCCUGGUCGAUCGCAGCGCCAAGGUGCGCAACUACGUGUCCCGGCGGGCCGUCGAGAACCUGCGCCAGAUCGACCGGCUGAAGGGGUUCCCCGAGGCCGUGGCGCAGGACCUGGCCAACAGGUGCCCCCUGGUGACCUUCCAGCCGGGCCAGCUCGUGUUCCAGGGGCUCGUGGACGAGACGUCGGCCAUCAUCUCGGUCAUCUUCGGAGCGAUCGAGGUGCGGCAGGCGACGUCGGAGACCCGCCGGGUCGCGAACGUGAACAGCCUGCUCUGCACGGAGCACCUGCUGGGCGAGGCCUCCCAGCCGAUCGUGGCGCGCGCCCUGGAGCCCACGUCCGUGCUCCUCAUCGACCAGCGGAGCCUGGCGCAGCUGCUGCCCCAGGACCCGAGGAAGAACUCCAACGACGCCGAGGCGCUCGACUUGGAGGCCGGUCUGUGGGCGGAGCGCUUCUCGGCCCCGACGGGAGCGUCGCAGCUCCGCGGCACGCUCGGCGGCCUGCCAGGCCAGGUCGACGUCAUGCCCGAGGUGCUCCGGGGCGAGGACGACGACGACGUCACAACGUUCUCGCAGCAGGAGGUCGGCGCCCAGGCCGAGACCCCGCGCAUCGCCACCCCGCCGCUCGCGGUGGAGCCCCCGCGCCAGCCCUCCCGGCGGGAGCGGCUGAAGACCGUGGGGCGGGACCUCGGCUGGGACACCGAGGACGAGACGUCCCCGAAGGGGUCCCCGUCGAGCAAGACGAGGUCCGACCGGUCCAACUUCUCCGGGCUCCACCGCUCGGAGGACCUCGUGGACGAGAUCGCGGGCAUGGUGCUCGACGGGGACCUCGGGGGCCGCGAGGCGGAGGCCGGGCCCGUGCGGGGGCCGUCGAACUGGAGCCUCAUGAGCCAGGACGGCGCGGAGCGCGCGUCGCCGGCGGAGCACGACGCCGGGAGCGCCCACGCGGCGAUCAUGGUGUGGCUCGGCAUCCUGAUCGACGCGGUGCCCGAGUCCCUGGUCAUAGGGAUCCUCAUCAACAAGAGCGCGGAGGACGGGGGCCGCGGCUUCCGGCAGUCCGCCGCCACCGCGCUCCCCUUCGUCAUCGGGGUCUUCAUCAGCAACCUGCCGGAGAGCAUGAGCUCGUCCGGGAGCAUGCUCGCCCACGGUGUCAGCAGGACCAGGAUCCUGCUGAUGUGGGCGGCCACCACGGCCGUCACCGCAGUGGGCGCCGCCGUCGGGGCGCUUCUCUUCCCGCCGGGGUCGAGCGGGGAUCUCCACGUGGAGUCCGCCAUCGCUGGCGUGGAGGGUCUCGCGGCGGGCGCCAUGCUGACGAUGAUCGCCCAGACCAUGAUGCCGGAGGCGUUCGAGCAGGGCGGCGACAUCGUCGGGCUGUCCACGCUGGCGGGCUUCCUCUGCGCGCUGUCGGUGAAGCUGCUGCCGCUGGAGUGAUGGCCCUUCUGGCGUGAGGCGCCAAGCCUCCAGGCCUCCCGCGUGGGGUGGGGGCCACCCCUCUGCCAGGACCCCAGCUCGGAGGCCUCCAGACUCGCGGCCCCCCCCGUCGCUGUCCCCGUUCCUGCUUUUUGUCUGUUCCGGCCCCAGCGCGUCGGCCCUGCUGGGCAGGCUGGGCGGCGCCGGGGCACGGACCUCGGGCCAGAGCCCGCGGCCAGGGCUGGCCGGGCAGCGGCAGCCCGGCCUCCGUAGGUUUUUUGUUGUCAGGAGGCUGGCUCUUCUCCCUCCCCCUUCACUCCUCCUCCUCUUCCUUCACUGGCGAUCCCUUCCCCCCCUCCCCCUCCGCAAGACCCUCGCCGCCCUGGCGAAAUGUUUUCCACACGUUGUUUGCGCUGCAUGACCUCAGAGGCGCGCUUGCUGUGCUGCCUGCGCGGCCGCCGGUUUCCGCCGACCUUCCGGCGCUGUUCGCCGGCACAGCUGCCCUCGCGAUGCUUCCGCGGGCCCACUGGCGGAACUUCGCCGUGGGCGCGCAGUCGAUCCUUCCGGGCCCUCGAAGGCGAAGGACCUCGCUGCAACGCUCUUUAAGCGGGCGCGCCAGCGCGAUGCUUGAGGCAUCCACGCGGGGGGCACCGCCGAAUGUGGUCGCGGACGAGGGAGGG